UACUUUCCAAAAUACGCCGAGAGUAUUCCUGAUGGUGAAACGAGCGUUGCUUCAUCGAACGCAGCUAAAGAAAACAACAUCUAUGUAGUUGGUGGUACGAUGCCUGAAAUAGGGGGCGAUAAAUUGUACAAUACCUGUACUAUUUGGGGUCCCGAUGGAACUUUGAUAGCAAAACACCGAAAGGUACAUCUAUUCGACAUCGACAUUCCUAAUAAGAUUACUUUUCGAGAGAGUGAUUCACUCAGUCCUGGUAACUCCCUAACGACGUUCGAUGUGAAGGGCUGCAAAAUAGGUAUUGGCAUUUGCUAUGAUAUUAGAUUCGAGGAAAUGGCACGCAUUUAUCGGAACAAAGCAUCUGAAAAACAAGAUAUCUUCGAGACAGCGUGGGUUUUCUUUCCAACUUUCUUAACUUUCAACAAUAAAAUUUUCGUCAAACGAUACAAUCUAUCCAACAAAGUUCUUGUAGACAGCCAAUCUCGUAAGAACAUAGAUCUUCUUCAAGUAUUAUUCUUCACAAUGCUUCGUGUGGAAUUUCUACUUGACGAGUUAUUAUUAAACGAUUAAAAGCUUAUUAUUAUACGAUAAUGUAAUAUCGUAGAAUAGCUUUGAU